CUCGUUCAUUUCGUUGUGGGAUUCGAGAGUAGUGAGUGGCUAAGCAAUGUUGGAUUCUUUCUGGAGAGCUAUUUGGCAGUUUAGUUUCGUAUCUCUUCCUUGUCAUGCGAUUGUAGCAUUUACUGCAUACGCCUUGCCCAAUUUCUGUUCCUUGAUAAGGAGAUAUGGAAUUAAUUAUUAGAUGUCCAUAUUUAGUGGCUUUAAUUUGAAUUGUAAUUUUUCAAACGCACUGGUUAUAGUUAUAGUAGUCUGUAGUUAGUGUAUAGGUCUACCUAGGUUAGGGCCUAAAUGUUUCUUAUCAGCUCCGUACUGUCGUUUUGAUUACAAAUUACAUAGAUGAAAAUCUCUUUGAUAAGUUUUUCAACUUAACAGUAAGGGGAUUCUAUGUAAGAUCAGAGCUUUCCGCUCCGUCGCCCAUGUUUAUACAGCUUACAGGAAAAGAUGUAUGUACAGUAAACAAAUUCCAUCUGGACUUCUAGACUCUCAAAUGAGAGUAGAACAUGUGAUUGGAGGCCCUCCAGCGCGUUGAAUGUUCUCCAGAUGACCCCUGGACAGGAUAUUUGGAAAUCACGCACGUAAUUUGUAACCCUGCGGGGAAUCAAUCCAAGAGUUCGUCAUCAUGAGUCAGCACCUCAAUGACCUUUGUUGGUCAACUUUAGUCCUGGGAUUGACGAUGACCAUAACAAGGACAUUUCAGAUCGUGCACGGAGAGAUAGAUUGCCAGGGACACGCCAGAAUGACCACACUCAAAAACUGUUUCCUCAACAGCGGCAUUGAGGCUCCAAGUCUACCGCAGGAAGGUUCUGAUGCCGCUGGUGGCGGAGGGGGCAAUUUCAUGGACACUAUUCUCAUGAGGUCCCCAGAGGAGUUCUGUCAAAAUAAGGUUCAGUUCAAGUCAGCCUUUGAAUGUGCUAUGACUUCCAGCAUCCAGUGUUUCCCCCAAGAACUUAACGGGUACAUCGCCCAGCCUGAGAUGAUGAGGCUCUUCCUGGACCAGCUGUGUGAAAACGUCACAUACAAAGAUGGAGAAUGUGUUCAAAGUAAACAUAAAGGUCUUCACCAAUGCCUGGAGAACAAAAAGUCCAACUAUUUACAAGGGUUGCUGAAACGGUCAAAGAGCAAUGAGAAGACGCUGAAAGAUAUCACAGAGUACAUUUGCAAAUACUUCGUCUUCUAUAUGAUGUGUCUUAAGACAGAGGCCAGCUCCUGUGGAUGUAAUGUCACCAGCCUGUAUCAACGUCUGCUUGGAGAUAUUCUCUAUCCGCCUGCUUGCCCUCGGUCACUGGUCACGUCAGAAUACUCCUGCAAGGCCGCAGUCAUCCGGUGGUCAAGAAUGGGGAUAUUACUCUGUGUUUUAUGGGUGACAGUCUUCUGGAUGUAAUUUAAUAGGAAAAUUUUGUGCUAUAAUGAUUGGACAAAAAGAUAUACUAGAAUGAUUGGACAAAAAGAUAUACUAGAAUGAUUGGACAAAAAGAUAUACUAGAAUGAUUGGACAAAAAGAUAUACUAGAAUGAUUGGACAAAAAGAUAUACUAGAAUGAUUGGACAAAAAGAUAUACUAGAAUGAUUGGACAAAAAGAUAUACUAGAAUGAUUGGACAAAAAUAUAUACUAGAAUGAUUGGGCAAAAAGAUAUACUAGAAUGAUUGGGCAAAAAGAUAUACUAGAAUGAUUGGACAAAAAGAUAUACUAGAAUGAUUGGACAAAAAGAUAUACUAGAAUGAUUGGACAAAAAGAUAUACUAGAAUGAUUGGACAAAAAGAUAUACUAGAAUGAUUGGGCAAAAAGAUAUACUAGAAUGAUUGGGCAAAAAGAUAUACUAGAAUGAUUGAGCAAAAAAUUAUAUACUAGAAUGAUUGGACAAAAAGAUAUACUAGAAUGAUUGGACAAAAAGAUAUACUAGAAUGAUUGGGAAAAAAGAUAUACUAGAAUGAUUGGACAAAAAGAUAUACUAGAAUGAUUGGACAAAAAGAUAUACGAGAAUGAUUGGACAAAAAGAUAUACUAGAAUGAUUGGGCAAAAAGAUAUACUAGAAUGAUUGGACAAAAAGAUAUACUAGAAUGAUUGGGCAAAAAGAUAUACUAGAAUGAUUGGACAAAAAGAUAUACUAGAAUGAUUGGCCAAAAAGAUAUACUAGAAUGAUUGGACAAAAAGAUAUACUAGAAUGAUUGGGAAAAAAGAUAUACUAGAAUGAUUGGGAAAAAAGAUAUACUAGAAUGAUUGGGAAAAAAGAUAUACUAGAAUGAUUGGGAAAAAAGAUAUACUAGAAUGACAGGGCAAAAAUAUAUUACAAUGAUUAGACAAAAAGAUAUACUAGAAUGAUUGGACAAAAAGAUAUACCAGAAUGAUUGAGCAAAAAGAUAUACCAGAAUGAUUGAGCAAAAAGAUAUACUAGAAUGAUUGGGCAAAAAGAUAUACUAGAAUGAUUGGACAAAAAGAUAUACCAGAAUGAUUGGGCAAAAAGAUAUACUCAAAUAAUUGGACAAAAA